AUGGACUUUCGAUUUUAUCAAGAAGAUGGGAAUUGCAAUGCUGUGGAUGAGCACGGCAAUGAACCAGUUGAAAUGGAAGUAGAUGAUGACGGUUAUCCUCUCGCCGACACUGUCGACUUUGAUAAUUACAUGGAUUUCAAGCCGCCUGAGAAGCCUAAGAUAACCCCUAAAGCAUUCAAAACAAUUACUUCAGUACCAGCUGGACCAGCCACUUACUACAAAAAACAUGGGGACGAUGUUAAAUGUCAUUUUUUUUAUUUGGUCUAUCAAGAAGGCCUUACGGCAGGAAAAGCAGGAAAACAGCUCGGUGUUGCCCGUCGAACUGCUUAUGACUGGUUCAAAAAAGACCAAAAAGAGAUUUCUAGAAAUGCGGAACCAUUGGAUGAAGUGGAACCAAAAGAACCUAAAACAAAAGCUGGUAGGCCAGCUUUAUUGAAUGAAGAACACCAAAAUUAUCUCGAAGAAAAAUUCAUCAGUCAUCCUUCUGCAACUUUAGAUCAGGCGAUGGAAAAUCUUACCAACCAUUUUCCUGACUUGAAAGUAACAAAAACAACUGUCUACAAAUUUAUG